UUUCCAAAACCCACUUGCCAUCUAAAAGACAUGAUUAACGUUCCUUGUCUACCACUAUCUUGAAGAAGUCUGGAACGUGCUUCUACAGGCACACCAGGAGGACUCUCCUGUUCUCUUUACAAAUGCAUUAGGUCACAGGUGAGAUGGCAGGCACUGGGCAGCGCAAAGGGAAAAAAGAUGACAACGGCAUUGGCACAGCCAUUGACUUUGUACUGUCCAACGCCCGGCUUGUGCUGGGUGUGGGUGGAGCAGCUAUGCUGGGCAUUGCCACGCUGGCCGUCAAACGGAUGUACGACCGGGCAAUCAGUGCUCCCAGCAGCCCCACUCGCUUGAGCCAGUCAGGAAAGAGAAGCUGGGAAGAGCCAAACUGGCUGGGCUCCUCCUCACGCUUACUGACCCAGGACAUGAAGACUAGCCUCAGCCGCUCCCUACAGACCCUUCCCACUGAUCCUUCAGCUGCAGACACAGGCUUUUUUCGACCCACAAAGUCCAAGCCAUCUGCCAAGAGGAGUCAAGUGGAGCUGAAAAAAUCCCGCCUUCGUCUGUCUCUGCAAGAAAAGCUCUUUGCUUAUUAUCGGAAGAAGGUCGCUAUCCCAGCAGAUGAGCAGGCCCGGGCCAAGCAAGCAGCUGUGGACAUCUGUGCUGAGCUGCGCAGCUUCCUACGUGCCAAGCUGCCAGACAUGCCCCUGCGUGACAUGUACCUCAGCGGCAGCCUGUAUGAUGAUCUGCAGGUAGUGACAGCUGACCACAUCCAGCUCAUCGUGCCUCUGAUGCUGGAGCAGAACCUGUGGUCGUGCAUCCCUGGGGAGGACACCAUCAUGAACAUUCCUGGCUUCUACUUGGUGCGUCGAGAAAACCCAGAGUACUUUCCCCGUGGGAGCAGCUACUGGGACCGCUGUGUGGUGGGAGGUUACCUUUCCCCCAAAGCUGUAGCAGACACAUUUGAGAAAGUUGUAGCUGGCUCCAUCAAUUGGCCAGCAAUUGGGACUCUCUUGGAUUAUGUGAUCCGUCCAGCAGCUCCCCCAGCAGAUUUGACACUGGAAGUCCAGUAUGAUCCAGAACGGCAUCUUUUUAUUGACUUCCUACCAUCCCUGACACUGGGUGACAUCAUCCUUGUGGCCAAACCCCAUCGAUUGGCCCAAAAUGACAAUUUGUGGCGAUUGAGCCUGCGGCCAGCAGAAACAGCUCGCCUCCGGGCCUUGGACCAGUGUGAUUCUGGCUGCCGUUGCUUGUGCCUGAAGAUCUUCAAAGCAGUAUGCAAGUCAAACCCAGCCCUGGGUCACCUCACUGCCAGCCAGCUCACCAAUGUCAUCUUGCACCUAUCCCAAGAAGAGUCCAAUUGGUCUCAGGACAUGCUGGCUGAUCGCUUUUUACAGGCACUGAAGGGGUUGAUCCACUAUUUGGAGGCAGGUGUCCUCCCUAGUGCUCUGAACCCCAAGGUGAACUUGUUUUCAGAGCUCACCCCUGAAGAAGUGGAUGAGUUGGGCUAUACCCUCUACAGCUCUCUGUCAGAGCCAGAGGUCUUGCUGCAGACGUAAUGGGGCCUUACCUAGGGAAGCAUUGAUAGGGUUUAGCCAAGGUGUCCUUUGAUUACUGCAAAGUAUGUCUCCUCCACCUCUCUCCACACACGCACGCACACACACACGCACGCACACACACACCCCCCACACACCUCUCCUCUGUCUCCAGCCCCCCUGUCCCCUUUGGUUCAUUACUAUUUCCUGCUGUGGAGUUGGUGCUCCCACUGAAUUUCUUGGUGCUACCGGUCCAUUUCCACCAUCUCUGCCCCAACAGGUAUCCAUUGGCUAGGGAAAAGAGGCUAAAACUGCAGCUCCAAGAUCUUUGCAUAAAUUCUGUUGAUGUUUAAGUGUCUACCAAAAAAAUAAACCAAACUAUGCACUCCUUUCUCCUGUAGUACACUUACUGCAGCAAGUCCAUUUUGGUCUGAAGAAGGUGGAACUGGGCUGGUAAAUCCAGUGACUAUUUUAGCAGACUUGUAUUGGGGUCCUUUCCUUUCCUCCAGUCUUCACUUUGCCCCAUGUUUCUUUUUCUCUGCUGUACCAUACUUACUUUCCUCUUCUAAUUUUUCUUUUGUGUCUCUUGGUCCUUUUGACCCAGUUGUGCAGGGCAGACUGACUGAGAUGUUUUGGAUAGGGUUUUAUCUUUGUAUUUCUGAGUGGGUGAUGAUUACACUGGCAGUAUUUAGGACUGUAGAGCCUGGAAUAUGAGAAUGCCCAUGCCUGUGGUUCCUGCUGCUACAGAGCCUUCUCAUCCUUUGCCAGCUGGGUUCAGGGGUAAGAGCUGAGGCUUGUCCAGUCUGCUGCAACAACCUCCAGUAUGGGCAGUUCUCACUGAAGGUGUGGUGGGGAGGAAGAAACCUUUGUGGUUUGGCUAUUCGAUGAGGCCAAAGGAGCAGGACUUGCCAUUCCUGCCUAGCCAGAUCUGCUGGGUAUUGCUGGUGGGAAUGGCCUGGGGAAUGGAGAACAGUGUGGCUCCUUAGAUAUCUCUAGCAUAGAGGAAGAGAGGUUGAAUGUGCAGGAGGGGUGGGAGACGCACAUGUGAGCAGGGAUCUUUUUUUUAAUUUAUUUUUCAUCUUUCCCAAAGAGCUUAUGGCUGUUCUGGUUUAUAGGAGGUGAAAGCAAGACUGCAUGCCUCAAAGGGCUUUGUAAUAAGCACAUGUAAGCCAGAUUCUCACCAGCUAUAAGUCUGUAAAGGUGAUAGGACUGAACUGGUGUCGUCAGCAAGGUUCUGUCCCAUAUACUGAUACUAGGGUACAUACGUAGAGCUGGCAUUUAGAGAUACGUUGGCUUUGCCAUCUGCUCUCAAUUUGUGUUUUAGUCCCCUCCCCAGUCACCUCAGAACUGAGGCUGUCCAUCCCCUUCCUCAUUCCCAUGCGCUGACUUUCCAGUGCUCCCAGUUUAGAAUUACUUGUAGAAAGCUCGUAGGGGCACAUCUUUCCAUUCUGUCCAUUCGGACCUGUUGGUAAUGCAGUUCUGCCCACUCCUGUUUAUGGCUGCUGUCAGGCUGUUCUCCCUUGGCUGCCCUACCAUCUGCUGCUGACUGCAGUAUGGGUUUCAGGGGAGCACCUGCUGCGCUGUUGGUACAAUCUAAACUAGCCAUGUAGACUCUGCGUACUCUGCGUUAAGCCUUCUGGCAUCCUGUCUUCAAAAAUGGGGAGGGAGGGUGUCCUCCCAAGUCUGGGGCUGGUUUUCGGUCAAAAGACCAGCUAUCGUUGCAGAAACGUAGUUGCCUUUUCCCAGCUUUAGCACCUUUUUUUCUCCUUGCUGUCCAGCCUCCCUAGCCAAUGGAGAGGCCUACUGCAGCAGCAGAGUUCGGAGGCGGCAGGAAUUCCUUUUCUCUUCCCUUAGUCUCAGGACUUCCCCCCACCUUUGACAGAGAAGUCUCAAGGUGAGUUUCAGGAGUGGAACCACCGAGGGGAGUCUUUAGUCCUUGUUUUCUUUUUAGAGGCAGUGUUGGUGAGAUGGGGAGGGAGCAUCUUUCUUGGACAAUCCGUCCAUUUUAGCCGGUGUGUCAUAUAGUAUUGCAUAUACAGUGAUAAUGCAAAGUUGCAUUUUAAAUUAUUUAAUCCUUAGGGUACUGGUAUUUUCUAGACUGCCAGAUGCGUACUUUGAAAUCUUUGUGUGUAUAUAAAGUCUGUAGUCUAUACAAGGUUAACAGAAAUUCCGUUUGUAUGAUUUUGUGUUUUGUAAGUUUUGCAGCAGUAUUGGUCAGCUGUUGAUUGCUCUUCACUCUGGUUCCCAGAUUUUCCCCCCUCUUCUUUUCUCUGCCCUCCACUGCCUUUCUGAUGUCAGCCUUCCUACCCUAGAAGCAGACACAUGAGACAUGGAGCCUAUAGGCUCCUGGGGGAGAUUCCCCUUUCUUUUAUUUACUUGAAGGUCAACAAAAAUAUUAAAAUACAUGGGUUGUCAGGAGUUCCCCAUAAGUUCAUUUCUUCAGUGUGAUCUCUACCCCUCACUUGGUGCUGACUCCAAUAUCAUGCUCUUCACAUGGAAUUGAGCAGCAACAUGGUUUGGAAUGAUCAAAACUGUAGAUACAAAAAAAGGUGAGACAUGAACAGGAGGAAGCACUGUCUGAGCUGGCUUGAGAACAGUUGCCACAUACAUAUCUGUAUAUAGAAUUCUUUACAUGAAUGCUUUUAUUUCUUCCUGGCAACCUAAUGAAUUAAUAUUUUAUGGCCAUUUCUUGCUGCUAUUGAGCUCAAUUUGUGCAUCAAAUGGAGACUGAAACUGCCUUUUUGCCUUUUCUGUAGACUUUGCUCCACUUUGAAUCACUUCCAUCAUUUCUUCCCAUCAGUUUUGCCCUCUGAGGUAGCCACAAGCCCAUUCUUGGGAGGCAAAUGCUCACUUCCUACAGGCAGCCACCACAGCAGGCAAUAGCUGCUGUGGCAGUGGCAGUCUCAGCAAAGGCCAAAGAUGUAAUGGGUCACAGGAACACUGCAAUUAGGAGCGUUUCAAGAGCAGGGUCCUGCGUAAGGGGCAAGAGAGGCAGGGAAACAGAAGAAAUAGGGUAAGUAUGCAGGAAGCUUACACUAAUGUUGUACCUGGCCUGUGGGUCAAACGGACUGUUGCAGAGUUUUUCAAACUGGCACCUUUCAGUAUUAAAUGCAGUACGUGUGUUGACCUACAGCCCAGAGGGCUGUCUUACCUAUAGGUAGGCUCCUUCCUAGUCAAAGCUGUAGCACAGAGCAGAAGGACCUAAAGCUGAAUGUGAAAAGGGCAGCUCCCAGCCACCUUCCUGGCAGAGUGGCUCAGAGACAAAGAGAUUGUAAGGGGCCCAGAGCGUGCAUCUGGCUGCUUGCUGCCUGGGCUCCAAGAAUGCCUCUGUGUGUUCUCCUAUAGCUUGGCUCACACGAGGUUCCUAUGAGAUUGUUGUCUUGUUCCCUGUAACCACAGGGCAAGGACCAACUUGCUCAGCUGUGGGGUUUUGCUGCUGCUGAGCUCCAUCACUAAUCCUUGAAGUCAGAUGGAUUUCUUUUCCCUGUUUAAAAGCAAUUAUGGAAAUGAGGCUGCUUUCUGCCUCCUGACAAGCUGCCAUCAGGGUUCUCACUCUUUGCAUGUGGGUACUUGUGGUGAGAAGUGUCGGUCUUCAGGUGACACCCCAUCUCUCCCAGGCCUGGAGGUUGGGGAUUUGCAAAGGGGAAAGUCUAAGUGCAUGGUCUGUGACAGAGUGCGUGGAAUUCUGAAAUAAAAUGACUUUCCGUGGUAA